UGUCUAAUAAGCGCACGGAACGUUCUAUCGGUGUUCGCUGGUGCUAUUAAUUCUGUUGCGGUGUGUUGACAGGAAUUCUCUGUGAUUUUUACCGGUGCUAGACGAGAACGGCUCGAAAAUGGUCAAGUGGGGAUUCGCCAUUAGCCUUCUAUUAUGUGCGGCGUGCUUAGAAGCUGCAGAAAAUUCAUCAAAUGAAAUUGAGGAGCCCCCUGAAGGAUACUACGCUUUCGUAGAGUCCCCCAAUGCGGAGCCCCCUAGAGUGAGACCGCCUCCUUAUACGCAAACCCCAGUAGACUGCAGGGAGGACGAGGAUAGGACUCCACACGUAUCACCAUUCAACUUAUGCGGUGACUUAAACAAGGGAACAAUUCCCAGAAACCCCAUGGGACAAAACGUGCUGGGAUCUCCAUACCCAUUCGAACUGAUUCGAAACAUGACGCUGAAAUUUUUGAGCAGGACAUUACCGAUUCUAAAAGCAGACGAAACGUUACCAAAGGUUGCGCAGCUACAAGAUGACCUAGUUUCACAAAAUACAAUUACUCCCACCAACAAUAAUGACAGAAACGAUAGGUCCAAAAGAGAAACUAAAACUGCAGAAAAACAACCAGAACCCUUAAAUUCAACUGAAACAACUGCACGACAAUCAAGAAAAUUCUGUGACCAAGGAGGAGUAUUUUGUAUGUUGUACAAAGCCAUAAAUGGUGAACCAGUUCCUUCACCUGUUAGUAGUUCAUCACAUUUACCCUUAGAACGAAGAGAUGAAAUGCCAUUAAAUCAACCUCGGUAUGAAGGACCACCGACUCCCUGUCCAGCUAAAGUAGAAUAUUCUACACCAGUUUUUGCCAAAAAUUACCAGGGGAUCUGGAGAUACGUUGUGCAGAUUCCUUAUGAGGGAUACUUCACCCAAACUGUUGAGGUUACCAGGUGCUUACAGCAAAGAUGUCACUACUUGGACGGAGGCUGUUUAUCAUCUCCCAGAUGGUCUAGUUUGUUAGUAGCUGAAAUUUAUUACCCCGACACUGUUCUUAGUAGCAGUGACACCACAAACCCACAAAGAAAUCCGGUGGCUGCCUCUCAACCACCUUCAGUUCAAGAUUUCCAGAAUUAUCAGCAGUACCUCCAUAAAAGGGCUGGCCUUCCUUCCUCUAGUGACACGUCUACGACUGUAAGGCCCAUGCAAUGUGAUGGAGUGGAUGCUCUGGGUUGUUUCCAAGUAAGACUUUAUUAUGACUGGUUCCUUAUACCAGGAUCAUGUAAAUGCUGGCGACCUGAUUACUUUAACAAGUAUGUUAGAAGAAAAUCAGAUCUUUAAAGACAAACUUAAACUGAGACUGUAGUUGUACUUAUAUAGAAAUGUUGUGCUCUCUUUUUUUAUUAUGCAACUUAGAUUUUCAUAAAAAAAAGUGAAUAAUUUUUUAAUGGGUUAAAAAUAUAAGGGAAAAGUUUAAUCUUUUUUUUUCAAAACUAUUAGUUAUUAAAAUUUCUUUACACAUUACCUAAGAGGACUGAAUAUUGUAUUAUAGUUUUUUUUAUAAAUAUAAAUAUAGGAAGUAUUGUUAAUAGUUUGAAGAAUUGUUUUAAACAUAGUAUAUAUUUAAAAUUAGGUAUUUAUAUUGUAAAUUAACUUUAUUUAUUUCAAUAAGUUUUCAGUGAUACUGAUGUAGUUGUAUUGUACCUACUUGAGAUUUAAUUGAAUUAUAAUUUCCAUUAGGUAUAUAUACAAAUGGUUAAAAAAAAACAAAAUAAUUUAUAUAUCAUUUUGUUUUUCAUAAACUGGAUAUACUUGAGAUGGACACAUUUGUAUAGUGUAAUAUAAUUUUUAAGUAAAAGCAGUUGUUUUCCUUA